AUUUAAAUGCAUCAUCCACGGUUUUCUUAAGUGAGGGUGCUGUUCCUGUUGCAAUAUUUGAAACUGAUGCUGAAAUAAUGAAGCAUUAUGUGCGGAGAUGGUGCAAGAUUUCAUCAGAUGUGGGCAUUCGAUCCAUUAUUGACUGGUCUUAUUACAAGCAAAGGCUUAGUUCAGCAAUUCAGAAAGUUAUUAGCAUUCCUGCAGCAAUGCAAAAGGGAUGAAUUUCUGAAAAAGAAUAGUGAUGCUGCUGGCGCCAAUGGUGUGAUGAAUGAAGAAAUUGUUAAAGACUUGGAGGACUUUGGAAACAAAAGCAGAAAAUCUGUAACUGGACCUAGGAUACCUGCAGACUGGGAGGAUAGGGAAUAUAUUGAUGAUCCUAGUGAGGUUAAACCUGAGGGAUAUGAUUCAAUUCCAAAAGAAAUUCCAGACCCAAAAGCUAAAGAGCCUGAUAACUGGGAUGAUGAAGAGAAUGGUGCGUGGAAACCCCCAAAGGUACCUAAUCCAGCGUAUAAAGGACCAUGGAAGCCCAAAAAAUUAAGAACCUUGGAUUAUAAAGGAAAGACUCCUUGGAUUGAUAAUCCAGAGUUUGAAGAUGACCCUAAUGUUUAUGGGCUUAAGCCAAUUAAGCAUGUAGGAAUUGAGGUUUGGCAGGUAAAGGGUGGGUCAGUUUACGACAAUGUUUUGAUCUGUGAUGACCCAGAUUAUGCAACACAAGUUGUGGAAGAAGUAUUUGCAAACAGGGAGAUUGAAAAAGAGGCCUUUGAGGAAGCAGAGAAAGUGAGAAAAGCACGAGAGGAAGAGGAAGCUCAAAGAGCAAGAGAAGAAGGUGAAAGGAGGAGAAGAGAGCGGGGUUCUGAUCGACGGUACAGGGAUAGAUAUAAGGACAGAUACAGAAGGGACCGUCGUGAUUACAUGGAUGAUUACCAUAAAUUUGUACUGAACAAACGUGAAAUGGAGUUGUUGAAGUUAGAAAACAAGGUUAGGUUUAUCCUUGCAGUUGUGAAGGGAGAGAUCAUUGUAAGUAAUAGGAAGUGAGCUGAUCUGUUUGUUGAGCUGCAAACAAAAGGUUUCACUCCUUUUCCAAAGAAAACUAAAGCUGUUGAGCCAGAAGUUGCUGGUGCAACUGAUGAUACAGAAGAAACAGAAGUGAAAUCUCCUGCUGACAGCAGUAGUAAUGGGGUACAGAUAAGUGAUUAUGAGUAUCUACUGGCCAUGGCAAUUGGAAGCUUGACCAUUGAGAAGGUUCAGGAGUUAUGCGCUGAAAGGGAUAAGGUCAAUAAGGAGGUUGAUGAUUUGAGAAAGGAAACUCCAAAGUCCUUUUGGAGGACAGAUCUUGAUGCUUUGGAGGGGCAACUCGAUGAGCUAGAGAGAAGUGAUGUGAGUCAGAGGAGUUAAGAAAGAAAAUGAGAGGCAAAGCAAGGGGUGAAGCUGCUAUGAAGUCUGCUAGACAAGCACCCAAGAACCCACGCAAGAACAAUAAUAAGAAGGCAAAUAAUGCAGAAUCUGUUGCAGAAGCUGUCUCGUCAUCUGUGGCUGCAAUGGAAAUUGAGAAAGCUCCUGAGGCAG